UUAUACACCAAAUUUAGUAUCUAAAGAACGACUUUGUCAGACUAUUGACAUAUUAUUAUCCAUGCAAAAUUCUGAUGGUGGGUUUGCGAGUUAUGAGCGUAUUAGAGGUUCAAAAUUUAUGGAAUGGUUAAAUUCUGCGGAACUUUUUGGAAAUGUAAUGAUUGAAUAUAAUUAUCCAGAAUGUACAUCUAGUGUUCUAAAUGCUUUAAAUACUUUCCAAAAAUGGUAUCCGGAUUAUAGGGCUACUGAAAUAGAACAAGUUACUAAAGAAGCAAUUCAAUACCUAUAUAAUUCUCAAGCUAAAAAUGGAGGUUGGUAUGGUUCUUGGGCUAUUUGUUUCACAUAUGCUACCAUGUUUGUUAUACAAUGUCUAAAAAAUUAUGGAGAAACAUAUGAAAAUAGUCAGGUAGUUAAAAAAGGAUGUGACUUUUUAAUUUCUAAACAAAACGAGGACGGUGGUUGGGGUGAAUCCUAUAAAUCAUGUGAUGCAGAAACUUAUAUAUAUCACAAAAAUUCACAAGUUGUGAAUACAGCUUAUGCAUUGCUUGCUUUAAUGGCAGGUAAAUACCCAAAUGAAAAACCUAUUCGACAUGGUAUCCAGCUUCUUAUAUCACGACAACUGCCAACUGGAGAAUGGAAACAAGAAGAUAUAGAAGGAGUAUUUAGUAAAAAUAUGGCAGUUAACUAUCCAAAUUAUAAAUUUAUUUUUCCUAUUUGGGCGUUGGGCAU